GAUCGGUUUACACGGUGCAAGAUCAACAGUGAGCAAGGAGACGUUGUAGAACAAUCUUUCUUAUUUCCUUAUUUAGUGUUCUUUUGAAUAUCCUUUUGUAAAAUGAAGUCGUUGUCGCUUGUAGUUUUUGUCGUUGCAUUAGCUAUCAAUUUAGACAAUACUCGUGCAUUAAGCGACGAUGAAAAGAAUACUAUCCACUCAGAGAUUCUACCCUUCAUAGCCGAAUGUAGCAAGGAGUACGGCGUGACAGAGGAGCAGCUUAAAGAAGCUAAAGAAUCUGGCAAAGUUGAAGCCAUCAACCCAUGCCUCAUGGGUUGUAUAUUUAAGAAAAUUAAUGUGAUUGACGACAAAGGGCUGUUUAAUCCAGACAAGGCUGAAGAGAUUACAAAGAAGUUUUUGACACAGGAAGAGGAACAGAAGAAAGCUUUGGAUAUCAUCAAAAGCUGCACCGCAUCUGUUAACGAAAAAGAAGUAAGUGAUGGAGCCGAGGGCUGCGAAAGAGCUAAGCUCUUAUAUGACUGCUUCAUUCCUUUCAAAGGACAGUCGUUGUCUGACGAAGAUAAGGAGAACAUCCAUGCAGCGAUAAUACCCUAUGUAGCUGAGUGUAGAAAGGAGUUCGGUGUAACAAAGGAGCAGACCAAUGAAGCUAAAAAAUCUGGCCAAGUGGAUGGCAUCGACCCUUGUUUACUGGGUUGUAUAUUCAAGAAAGUCGGAAUUAUUGAUGAUAAAGGAUUAUAUAAUCCCGAAAAAUCUGAGGAGAUCACAAAGAAGUUCUUGCCAAAUGAAGACGAUCAGAAGAAAGCUUUAGAAGUCAUCAAUUCUUGCAAAUCUGUAAACGAUGAAGAUGUCAGUGACGGAGAGAAGGGCUGCGACAGAGCUAAGCUCUUACACGAAUGCUUUGCUCCGAUUAGAGAUGAGGUAUAA